AACUAACGUAUGACAUAUCGAAACAGUUUCAUCACGACCUGACCCUUGCUAUGUGAAGUGAAAGUCUUGCCAACAAUCCUUAAUUCUUUAUUCCUUAGCAUCUUCUCUUCCUCAGACAUGUGUGAAUCUAAGCUCUAAUAAUAAGGUGCAAACGACACAGAAACAAGAUAGAAGAGUUACAACUUCCAACAACAACCAUGUCAGAAUCAAACGCAAUUGCAAAUGGUUUGGCUGGUGCAGGUGGCGGAAUUAUUGCCCAAAUCAUAACUUAUCCUCUUCAAACGGUAAACACACGCCAGCAAACUGAGAGAACACUCAAGAGGAGCAAGCAAAGUACAACUGCUCCUGGAACUCUUCUUCAGAUCUUUCAGGUUAUUGGAAGUGAAGGUUGGGGUGGACUCUAUAGUGGCCUCAAGCCUUCUCUUCUUGGAACUGCUGCAUCUCAGGGCAUUUACUACUAUUUCUAUCAAGUUUUUAAGAACAAGGCUGUGGCAAUUGCAGCUGCCCGGAAAUUAAAAGGGUAUGGAGAUGGAACUGUUGGAAUGUUUGGUUGGCUGGUUGUGGCUGCAAUUGCUGGGUCCUUGAAUGUUUUGCUAACAAAUCCAAUAUGGGUUCUGGUGACUCGGAUGCAGACACACACUCAAGCAGAAAAGAAAAUCAUGGAGGAAAAGAAAGAAGCUUUAAGGAUGACUGCUUCUGAAAGCAGCAUAGCAGGCUCACCAUUACAAGACAAAUUGGCUGAACUGAAUUCUAUAAAACCUCGGCCAUAUGGAACUAUGCAUGCAGCUAAUGAAGUCUAUAAUGAAGCGGGUAUAGUUGGAUAUUGGAAGGGUGUCAUCCCUGCUCUUAUUAUGGUAUGCAAUCCAUCAAUUCAGUUUAUGAUUUAUGAGAGCACAUUAAAGCAUAUAAGGGCAAAACGUUCUGCCAAGAAGCAGGGGAAUAAAAGCAUAUCUGCUUUGGAGGUCUUUUUGGUGGGAGCAUUAGCAAAACUUGGAGCAACUGUCUCAACAUAUCCCUUACUAGUAGUCAAGUCAAGGCUUCAAGCAAAACAAGAGAUUGGUGGAAGUAACUCGUUAAGAUACUCAGGCACUUUUGAUGCGGUACUUAAAAUGAUCCGUUAUGAAGGAUUGUGUGGCUUUUAUAAGGGAAUGAGUACGAAGAUUGUACAGAGUGUUUUUGCAGCUUCUGUUCUAUUCAUGGUCAAGGAGGAGCUUGUUAAGGCUUUCAUGGUGCUGACAGAUAGGAGCAAAAAAAUUGUGAUGAGAGAAUGAUGAAGUCUUCACCAAAUAAUGGAUGAAAUUAACUUCACAGGUCUAGAUGAGCCAUCCUCUUGGAACAUAUAUUGUCUAUUUGUCAUGAAGUGCUGCAGAUAACUUCUGAAAAUGUCACAUAAUUGAUGUUCAAGAUCCAAGGAACUAUCAAAUUCUCAAACAUGAAAACGGCCUCCUCCAAAAGCAGUUUAUUCUUGUUUUUAGUAACUGCAGCCAUUUCUGUUCUCAAGUUUCACUACUCGAACAGCAGUAAAUUUGCAACAUGUCAGUGUGUUUCGGUGUUUUGAAAACAUUCUUUUCCUAGGAAUUUAAAACAAAACAUGCUUUAUGUAUAACUCUUUAAUAAAUAAAGAGACAAUCUAUGUGC